AUGGAACCUUGGGUUCCCCAGCAGUCACCUCAGCCACAGGGGAGGUCCAUAGCACCGUCAAAGGAUCCAGAGGGAGGACUUUUGAGAGAUGAAUAUCAUAGACCUUCUCCUCACUCUCGAUACAGUGGCGAGCGAUUUCAGCAGUGGCAAGACAUCCGAGGGAGCCCCCAGCCACAGCAGGACCCUAGGACAGACCACCAGCAGCUCCAGCAGCCACACAGGCCUGGGGAAUGGCAUCAACCUGUGUCUGGUGUUGACUGUUAUGAGGGUGGUUAUCCCAGGUAUUCAAGGCCAGGCUAUGAGAAUCGUUACCAGAACUAUCAUUCUCCAACCCUGAGGGAAGAAUAUGCGUAUGGAAGUCAUUACUAUUAUGGACACUCACAGAGGCUACCUGGAGAAAGAGUUCCAAGGCAAGGGAGUCCUUAUACCCAGAAUGAAGAUUACCGAGACCAAAAGUACUUCAAUGAACAGUAUCGUGAAAGUCAGAAUAAUUCGUUUGCAACAAAUAAUGAGACCCAGUUCCAAUCUAAGAGUCGGAACCCUUACAGAGACAGUCCUGCUCCCAACUCUGGACAGGAGAGGCCUGGGGAAGUGUUUCCUGAGAGCCUGCUGCCUGGGGCCCAGAGGAAUAAGCCAUCAUUGACCAGCAAGUCCAACCUUCUUCAACAGCAUGAGUCUGGUCUCAGCUCCAGCGGCUAUGAGCUCAGUCAGUACAUGACAGAAGCUUCUGAGCAGUAUGAUCCUAUGGCAUCAGCAGCUUGGAGUCCCCUUCAGGCUGGUGUCUCACAAGCUGGCCCCAUGAAGUUCUACGUCCCUCAUGUGUCUGUAAGUUUUGGACCAGGAGGUCAGCUGGUGUGUGUGUGUUCCAGGUCUCCCACUGAUGGGCAAACAAUGCUUGUGGAACUGCAUAGCAUGGAGAUUAUUCUUGGUGACUCUGAGGAACAAGAAGAGAUGAGAACUUUCUUAGGACCCCUGAUCAGGGAAGAUGUACACAAGGUGGAUAUCAUGACGUUUUGCCAGCAGAAAGCAGCUCAGAGCCGAAAAUCAGAGACACCAAGGAGCCGAGACUCAGCUCUGCUGUGGCAACUGUUGGUUCUCCUUUGUCGACAGAAUGGGUCCAUGGUGGGGUCUGACAUAGCUGAGCUGCUGAUGCAAGACUGCAAGAAGCUGGAGAAGUACAAGAGCCAGCCCCCCGUGGCCAACCUCAUCAAUCUGACAGAUGAGGACUGGCCAGUGCUGAGCGCAGGGACCCCAAACCUGCUCACUGGGGAGGUCCCCCCAAGUGUGGAGACACCUGCGCAGGUUGUGGAGAAAUUCACCAAACUACUCUACUAUGGAAGGAAGAAGGAAGCCUUGGAAUGGGCCAUGAAGAACCACUUGUGGGGCCAUGCCUUUUUCCUGUCCAGCAAGAUGGACCCAAGGACCUACAGCUGGGUCAUGAGUGGCUUCACCAGCACCCUGGUGUCCAACGACCCACUACAGACUCUCUUCCAGCUCAUGUCGGGGAGGAUUCCACAAGCAGCCACGUGUUGUGGGGACAAGCAGUGGGGAGACUGGAGGCCUCACUUGGCAGUGAUUCUGUCGAAUCAAGCUGGGGACUCGGAGCUUCAUCAGCGUGCAAUUGUUACCAUGGGUGACACCCUGGCUGGGAAGGGGCUUGUGGAGGCUGCUCACUUCUGCUACCUCGUGGCUCACAUGCCUUUUGGCUACUACACGGUAAAGACAGACCAUCUGACCUUGUUGGGCAGCAGCCACAGACAAGACUUUUUGAAAUUUGCUACAACUGAGGCUAUCCAGAGGACAGAGAUCUUUGAGUACUGUCAGAUGCUGGGCCGCCCCAAGUCCUUCAUCCCUUCUUUCCAGGUCUAUAAGCUCCUUUAUGCUUCCCGUCUGGCUGAUUACGGCCUCACAUCCCAGGCCUUGCAUUACUGCGAAGCAAUUGGCGUGGCCCUCCGUAGUCAGGAAGAGAGCAGUCACCCCGUGCUAUUAGUGGAACUCAUUAAGCUAGCUGAAAAACUGAAGCUGUCCGAUCCUUUGUUGUUGGAAAGGCGCCAUGGAGACAGAGACCGGGAGCCGGACUGGCUGGUUCAACUUCGGAGGUGGCACCAGGAGAUGCUGCAGAAGGUGGCAGAAGACAUUGACGAUCUGCAUUCUACUUACUCAAACAUUUCUGGUGUCAGAGGAACAACCACAGAAAACACUUCCUACCAGGAUCUUUCAGGACAUCAAGGCUACUCACAACCCCUGUGGCCACUGCCGGAGGAGACAGGCCUGAGCCAGCCCAACCUGCAACAGCCCUUUCCCCAGCAGCUGGACACCUUCCCAGUGGGAGGAGGUGCAGGGCAGACGGGGGCACCUGUGCCUCUGUACUCCGUUCUUGAGACCCAUCCACCAGAGACUGCCAGCAGUGUGACAGUAACAGCAACUUCUGAAGCAAAGGCCCAGGAGGAAGUUCUGCAGGCACACGUGCCCCUUGGAGUAAACACCGUGUCUCAAGAACCCUUCCAGAAUCUGGAUGGUCACAUUUCUAAACCACAGGUCCCGCUGGCUCCCAGAACACACACCUCUGCCUUUUCAGUCAAGGAGAACCACGGGGAGGCCUCCGAUGAGGAAGAUGAAAAAUCUGCCCAAGAUAAUGCCCACAGAGAAAAGCUAGGAGAUGUGGAAGAGAAUGCAAAGAGCUCAGGAUUCAGAUGGUUCAGUUGGUUUCGAUCAAAGCCAACCAAUGUGUCCUCUUCUGGAGACGAAGACUCGUCUGACAGUUCUGACUCUGAGGAGACCUCCAGAACAUCUUCUCCCCCACAGGCUGGCCUGAGCCUCUCCCUGACUCCGCCCCCCGGGUCCCAGCUUCUGCAGGGCCCUAGCACCUUCUUCCCGGGCACAGGUGGAGAUGAAGCCCAAGGAUCCAUGCUCAGUGGUGGAAAUGCUGAGGGCAUGGGGAUUGGAGGCUUGCAGGGGCUUCAGGGCGUUUCCUCUGAGCUCUGCUCCAACCCAGGUGUUCUGCUUCCGCCACCCUCCUUACAAGGGGCUGUUCCUCUCUACAACCCAGCUCAGGUUCCUCAGCUCCCCAUGACUACUAGCCUGAACCGGCCCAAUCGCCUAGCUCAGCGCCGCUAUCCAACCCAGCCACGAUGA